UUCACCGCACGAACGCGACACGCGACAGCUUCACCGGCGUUGGAGCUAGGGCCCAGCCUCAGUCUUUGCAAGACAAGGCUAGACCACCGGCUUCCGGACCUCCCUUGAACCUUGGCCCAUACUCCCCCCACACUUUAGCCCGUGCACCGUCACCACUACCAGCUUCCAAGCACGCCGUCUACACGCUGCAAUUGUGCACGCCCACCACUCUUCACUCUCCACUCGCUCACUUCGCUGGCCAUACUAUACGAUUUCUUUCACAGUCGUUCCUCAGCCGUUUCCCAAUGGACACAAACCAGAGCGCUGCCCGGCAGGCUCGUCGUUUCUAUCAGGACAACGUCCGGAACGACUGGGUAUGGCCGAACCCACCGAGGCCGAAGCGCUCCGACGACGAGCUCAAGGGCGUAUCGGAAUUCCGCGAGCGUUUCUACGGCACACCUUCAGAGUCUGAAUCCGAGACAAGCCUACAGAAGAAGAGUUCGGGCGAAGCAUAUAAAUUCGACUCCCCAGACAGCGUAGGGCUCGUCGUCGCGGCAAACAAGGAAGAGAAGAUGCGGAAGCGGCGAAAGGACCUGGAGGAGGAGAUGAGCUGGAACGAGGGCCUGGCAGUUUUUGAAGCGCGGCGAGACCAAUGGACGGGCGCAGCAGCAGCGAGAUCACGCAUCUCCAAGGCAAAAAAGCUGCAAUCACGCGUCAAUGGCGGUGAGAGGAAAGCGUCGCAGGCCGAGAGCUCAAAGUCACCCGCAGACUCCGGCACCGAAGUCACCUCGCACUACUUUGCCGAUUCCCACUCUACAUGUUCAGAUCCGCACGCACAGGAAAUCCUUGUCCCGGUGGCGCCACGCCUGCUUGCCCAGAACGCCAUCCGCAUCUCCAUAGGCGAGAAGGUAUACCCAGAUAUCUAUAACAAAGUCGUGCUGAGCGCGAGGACACCCUCGGUGCCCAUAAACCUCUCCGACAUGACCAAGGCACUCGUGCAAGGCUGGAAGGAGCACGGCGAAUGGCCGCCCCGCCCGGCGCCACCGGACCCUCUCGCGGGCCGGCGGAAAAGCAGUAUAGGCCAGAUGCUGGGCGGCCUCGGAAGAAUGAGAAGCGACGAGCCCUUUCUGAAUGCACAUCCACACGUGCGGAAGGGUGUCGAGAGCGUGAAGAAGGUUUUUCGCAUGAGCGGGAGCCAGGGCAGUGGCAGUAGUAACUCGCCAGUCCCGAAGGAGUAAUGUUGUAAAGAGCAGUACGCACGGCGCCAGUCUUUGGAUAUCAUAUUGGU